GAUAACGUACACUUCAAGAAAUAAAAGUAUAACACUAGAAAGAAUCUCUUACUUUGCAGUUUGCUCUCAUCUUCCAUGCAAUUGAUGAAAGAAUAAAUCCUCAACUUUCUUUACAUAUAAAUAGAACGCAAGCAUUGAACUUCGUUUACCAUCAAGAGUUCAUCUUUUCUUCAAUCUUAAUUCCACUUGCAACUAGAGAGAAUGUCAAAGUUAAGUCUCUUGAGUUUCCAAUACAGCCUUUCAAAAAAACUGCCACCAAAAACAAUGAGCAGGUGGAGUUCAAAUAAUAGGCAAAAAUCAGGUCUAGCACCAGUUUUCCUCCCAAAUGUUGAAGAAAUGAGAAGGGUGUUUCAAAGAUUUGAUACCAACAAAGAUGGUAAAAUUUCACAAGGAGAAUACAAAAAUGUGUUAAGAGCUUUAGGAAAACAGAAUAUCGAGUCUGAAGUAGCUAUGGCUUUUGAAGUUGCUGAUACAGAUGGAGAUGGGUUUAUUGAUUUUAAGGAAUUCAUGGAUGUUAAUAAAAAAGGAGGUGGUAUCAAAGCUAUGGAUAUUCAGAAUGCUUUUAGAGCUUUUGAUUUAGAUGGUAAUGGCAAAAUUAGUGCUGAAGAAUUGUUAGAAGUAUUGAAAAGGCUAGGGGAGAGAUGUAGUUUAGAAACAUGUAGGAAAAUGGUGAGAGGUGUUGAUACUGAUGGUGAUGGUCUCAUUGAUAUGGAUGAAUUCACUAAAAUGAUGACCCAUACCAUGAAACUUCUAGCUUAAUAAUUUAGGGUUUGGUUUAUUGUUCUGUAUGCAUAUUUAUAAUCAGUUUUUUUGUUUAUGGUGAUCUUACUGAAGCUAGUAUUACUGUAUCAUCAGAGCCUAGUGUAAGUCUCUGAAAUUAAAUAAAUAAAAAUUAUCUAUUUCCUGUUGUUACUGCA